CAAACCGCAGUUCUCACGUCCACGAGUUCAGAUUUACGCAGCUGCAUUACUUUGCUCUGUAAAUCAAAGGAAGCAAGAAUGGGUGGUUUGAGCUCUGUUGCUCUUCUUGUUUUGGUGCUUGUUUCGUCUGCAAUGGUGUCGGAGAGUCGGGUGGCUAGGAAGGACUUGGGUCUGGACCUUGGUGGCGUGGGCAUUGGGGCUGGAGCGGGGCUGGGCUUGGGCUUGGGCUUGGGUGGCAGUGGCUCAGGUUCCGGGUCUGGAUCUGGAUCCGGAUCCGGGUCUAGUUCGGGGUCUGGUUCGGCUUCUGCGUCCGGUUCGGGUUCUGGAUCUGGUUCGGGUUCGGAAGCAGGAUCCUACGCAGGGUCUCGAGCUGGAUCAGGGUCUGGAAGCAAUCUAGGAGGUGGGCAAGGGUACGGGUCUGGCCAAGGCCGUGGGCAAGGGUCGGGCUCGGGAUACGGUGAGGGGCAUGGCGAGGGAUCCGGGAGGGGAAGCGGUUCCGGGAAUGGCUCUGGGUACGGCGAAGGCUAUGGCUCGGGUUAUGGCCGUGGAGGUGGCAACUAGAAGCAUUGAUUAUUGGUGGGGGAUGAUCUAAGAGGGGGUUAUUUGUCAUGUGUGAUGUCGAAUAAAGAACUGGUGUUAUGUUUUCUGUUCUAUGUAGUUUAAUUUCCGAUCCAUUUGCAUGCCUAGAUUUUACAAAUAUCAUCAAUGUAAGAAAGUUUAUUUCCUUGGUGCCUGCAGCCUAGUUGAGUUGGUAUUUCAUGAUGUGUUUUUGUUUCCACUCGUGUGGUUCAACGUUUAUUCAAGUUUAGAUUUGUUGCUUUA